CUUGUCAGCCGUGAAAUGUGCUGGCGGAAAAGUGAAAAUCUAGUGACAUGAUGAAUACGGAAUAUAUUAUGAUACUGCUGUGAUGAGAUACAGAAAACAUAACAGUCCUAAGGUUUUAGCGAUGUUUUUAAGGUUAUGUGUUCAUAGCCGAUGGAUACAGCUGUUUUGGCCGAUAUUGAAAUCAUAUAGGAACCAUGUUUAGUGACUUGUGCUUUUCACGUAUAGAGUUAUUUGAUUGCGUGAACAAUGAAAAAGUUCACGUGAAAUCGAUAGAGUGAAAAGUGAAAAGAUUCGCUCGAAGUUACGUGAUCGCUACCCUGGGCUGCGUUCCAAAAUUCUACUUGAUGGAGACACUAUUGUUUUGUUGACAUCUGUUUGAAAAUUAACGUUCAGUAAAUUGACGGGUUCAGUAGUUAUGUAUCAAAGACAACGAGGGUGAAAGAUCUGGAAUAGAAGGAUUGUAUACCAAUUCAGAAGGAAAGACAACAACGAUUAUGACGCGUGCGGUAGAGAAUAAUAUGAAAAAUAUAUUCUGCAAUGCGCAGUUUAACAAAACAGACCAUCCACGAUACAUGAAAAAACUUACUAAGCUAUACGAAAGAACUGAUUUAGAUACAUUCUGGAAAUGUUUUCUUUCGUGCUUGAAAGUGCCUCUCAUGAUGGCUCAACAACACCCACGUAUUAUAAACACAUUGGAGUUCUGUGCUAAAUUCUCUAUGAGCUUGUGUUCGUGUACAGAGAGUGAAACUACAGAACCAAUGCCACCAUUUGUCAACAAAUUAUUCACAUUUCUCUUGUCAAGUCAUAAUGCAAAAGACAAGGCAAUAAGAUAUCGCAUCUGUCAUUUCUUGAACAUGCUUCUAAACUCUAUGGGUGAUCAUGCUUUCAUUGAUGACAGUCUAUGUGACCAAAUUACAGUCAGCAUGAUGGAUCGAUUGCUGGACAAGUCUCCUAAAGUUAGAGCACAGGCAGUUUUUGCCUUGCACAGACUGCAGGAUCCAUCUGAUGAACAGUGUCCUAUAAUAAAAAUGUAUUUGUUUCAUCUAUCUAAAGACCCACAGGCUGAAGUUCGCAGAGCUGUUCUCGCGACCAUGGGAAAAAAUCAAAAAACCUUACAUGCUGCAUUGAAGAAAACACGUGAUAUUGAUGACUCUGUACGCAAGAUGGCAUAUGAAUUUAUCAGCAAGAUUACAGUACGAUCCUUGACAAUUGAACAAAGGGAACGCUUGUUAAAAGAUGGUCUUAAAGACAGAUCUGAGAGUGUUAAAACAUGUGUAGGUAAUGUUUUGUUACCAACAUGGCUACGAUAUUAUAAGGGAGAAUAUAUCAACUUCAUACAUGCUCUGGAUGCUGGAAUAGGAACAGAGACCGCAACUUUAGCUUUACAAACAUUAUUCAAAAACGCAGAUCUGAAAACUUUGUUAGAGCAAGUACCAAUAGAUAAAAAUACAAGAUUGAUUCCACUGUCCAGUUUGUCAAACGAAAAUGUUUUAUAUUGGAAAUGUGUAAUAAAUCAUCUCUAUCAUUUGUCGCUCACAGAAGAGUUAGAAUUAAUCAUCCCAGAAUUAACUGGUUUUUGUAACUAUAUACGAGAAUUUAUCGCUUUCAUAUCGUCUAAGCAAUAUGAAGAAUGGGAGAAACAGUGUCACAAAUUUAUUCUUCUACAACUCUUCGAGAUAACUGAAAAAUAUGAUCUCUCAGACGAAGUAGGAAGAAAAAAUCUGCAGGAAGUGAUAAUAGACACUUUGAUGAGCGAUUAUUGUUCCAAUAAAAUAAUUGAAUGUAUAGUAGAUCACCUGGCCAAGGUAGCGUUGAAUAUUAAUAGUAUGUUGGAUUUAGUAGCUAACGUCAUUAGCGAGACAAGGCUACCUUUGAAGGAAAGUGCACUCACUCAACAAAUUUCUGAAGAACAGCAAAAAGAUAACAAUGUACAGAAAGCGCAACUGAAGGUUGACUUGUUGGAGCUCGAAGAGGAACUGUAUGAAACAGUGAAAAAAGAAGAUUUUCUGAAAGCAGACAGCAUAAAGGAAAAAAUUACAGCUUUGAAAGAGAAAAUAAGUCAAUUUUCUAAGAUUCCCGAAGCGAUAAUAGCCGACGAUAUCCGCGAUGAAAAAAAUGAUGCAGACACGAUGACAAAAUGUCUCGGAAUUCUGUGCGCCGCGAUGCAAGUUCAGUCCAUUCGCGCAUUGACACCUACACUCAGAAGUAUGAUGUCUAUCGUAUUGGACAGUCUUGACCAUCCUGCCGAUAAUGUGCAUGUGUUAGCACUAAGAGCAUUAGGUCUAUAUUGUAUUUUGGAUAAAGAAAUGGCUAAGAAACAUCUUAUGAUAUUUUUCUAUCAAUUCUCCACGGAGCAAGAAAAUCCAGAUAUAUGGAUAAUUGCUUUAAAGGGAAUAUUUGAUCUCUUGCUCGUUUAUGGCUUAGAGUACUUUGAGAUUUUGCAAACUCCUGAGGAGAGGUCUGAAAAGAACCGCAUACUGUACACGCAUGAAGAUAGCGUUGUCUCAUUAAGUCAGCGUACUGAAGAGAGCACUUGCAAUUUCGUUAAGAUAUUAACGGGAUUGCUGGAUAACGUGAAUCAGGAAUUACGUACUACCGCCACGGAAGGUCUCUGCAAGCUAUUGCUCAAUCGACGAAUCAGCAGCAGUAGUUUGGUGUCGCGCUUAAUAAUUUUAUGCUACAAUCCGGUCAAUAUCGACGACAUUCACUUACGACAGUGCCUGUGCGCUUUCUUCGAUCACUUCGUGAUGCGUGUGCCUGAUGCAGUAGAAAUGCUUGAAAGUGCAUACUUUCCGACUCUGCGAGUUCUUUGCGACGCGCCGGACAUUAGUCCUUUGCAAGAGGUUGAUACGUAUCAUGUUUCCAGAUUUAUAUUGAGCUUAAUCAGACGAAGUAGUCAGAAGUCCGGUGAGCAGACGUUCUACACGCACAACAAUCUAGCGUUCGCCAUACUAGCCGAAAUCCUGGAUCCCAAUUGCAAAAUAGAUCAGGAGACUCUUAUUAAAUCUUUGACAAAUUUGUAUAUACAAAUCGAGGAUGGUCCAUCGAAGGAGAAUUUACAGGAAGCCAUCGAGAAAGUUACAAAAAUGAUAAUGGAUUCUGACAGACGAUUGCUCAAAUAUAUUCAAGAAUUCAAAAAAAGAUUGGAAUUCCCAUCAGAAGCAAUGGAGGUCGAUGCAAAUGAUGAAAGUGAAAAGGAAAACUAGUUUGUUUUCGUCUUUAAGAAAAAAAUCUUUAUCUUUUGUCUUAGAACUUGGCACGCGUUACACAUUUCAAUCUAUUUUCGACUUACUUUACCUAGCAAUCUUUAACCUUCAAUAAAUGGCCACGAACAUUUGA